CGCGGGGGCGUGCAAAGCACAACGUUGGUGGGGAACGGGAGCCAAUCGGCCGGCGCCUUUUUCCCCGAGCGCCAGAGCUCCUUUGAGCUGUUUGCGCUCGAUCCGGUCAAAUUCGUCUUCAACGAUUAGACUCGACAUUAAUAGGAGAUAUUGCACCCUUUACUUCUGGGUGGUGGUUCGGCAGUACUACAGCUACGUCCAGUCUCAAAGUCUUGCGACGAUUGUCAGGGUAGCGCGGGAUCUCUACGGCUCAUUAUUAGCCCUGGGCCGCCCUCAGCUAGGGACGCUGAUAUUGGCGCAUCAAGGCCCAGUUCGCCUUUCAGACGGACUAACAAGCGCAUUUGCACGGCCUAUUCAACCGGAUAUCUGAGAUUAGCCCUUGGCUUUCAUUCCAAUCCCAGUGCCAAGGGUCCGCGCAUUUCCAUUGCGCCUGUACCUCGUCUCGGACCAUAAUCGAUCCCUCCUCUCCCAUAAUCACGACCAUGAACCAAGCAACCUUCGACAUCCAACCCGUGAACCGUUUCGGCGGUUCAAAUACCACCAUCCGCCGACCAAAGGAAAUCGCGUGCUUCUCCUAUGAUCAGGAUCGCCGCUUCUCCCUGGGUGAUGCAUCUAUCGCAUAUUACUACCCACCAAGUCUACCCGCAGACCUAAAUAUCGGGUUCGAUACGUUUCAGAAACUUAAUGAUGCUGCGGAUGAGCAUUUGGAUGCGUUGCUUGAUACCGUCAUUGCGAUGGAAAAGGAGACGGGGAAGAGAUGUGAGACUGAUAUUCUAACGUGGCGGGGGAUGUUGACCAAGAUUUUGACGGCUCCCUUUGAUAUGAUGAAUGGUUUCGAGAUGAAUGCGACAUGUUAUCAGGGCACGAUAUUCAUCGAAGAGAACAACUCAUACAAAAACCGACAAAAAGAACUUCAACGAAACCAAAGAAUGCCCCCGGGAAUGGCAUCCCAAGAACUCAUGAUGUACUGGGGCUACAAAUUCGAAGUCCUAUCCGUCCUCCGAAAACCAUGGGAUCCAUCCACCCGCGAAGAAAUCGAAGGUCGUCAGAACGAGGUCGUCAAUAAUAGCGCCCAAUACUGCUCGGUCGUCAAAACGGGCAUGGGAAACGUGCGCAUGGUCCUCGGCGGCGAAGUCGAUGCGGUCUGGGACUGCAAACCCGAUAGGAAAGAAGAUCCCAUUCACUGGGUUGAACUCAAAACCUCGGCCGAAAUCCGCAAUGACCGCGAUAUGCUCAAGUACGAGCGGAAACUACUCAAAUUCUGGGCCCAGUCGUUCUUACUUGGUGUACCCAAGAUUAUCGUCGGGUUCCGUGAUCAACAGGGUAUCGUGCAUCGUCUGGAAGAGCUCGAGACUGCUAGUAUUCCCGGUAAAGUAAAGAAGGUUGGUCGGGGGAGCUGGGAUGGGAAUAUUUGUAUCAAUUUUGCGGCGGCGUUUCUGGAGUGGCUGAAGCAGGUUAUCCAGGGAGAGGGAGUUUGGAGGAUACGAAAGGUGGAAAAGUCUCAUAAGAUUGAGGUUUACAAGGUUGAAGAGUCUGGGCAUGGUGAUAUCCUCUCGUCUGCGUUCAAGACGUGGCGAGAAGGCUUGAUGGAGGAGUGA